AUAUUAACGCAUUAAAUAACAAGAUACUGAGUAAUAUAUUUUUUUCUACAGAAUAGAUUUGUGGAAAAGAAGCUUGUAGGAGGAACUGUGCUCGAGGAGAACCUCCUCAGCAUCAGGCCGAUGCCUUUUCACAUUAAAAGCCUGUUAUUCCGCGUGUGAGCGCUUGGUUCUUCACUGCGCGCACACCGUAAUCUUUUAGCAUAUUUUCCAGAAGCAGGCGGAGCUACGGACACUGAGAUGGAGGGAUGCUGCUGACGAGCAGGUGUAUGCUGCGGAUGUCUUCGGGAUGCACUGUGGCCAGGCACGAUCCGAGGAAGCCGAAUAGACAACAUUUCACGGUGGACUGUUGCUGUUUUGUCGCGCCGUGUGGACCCCGCGGGGCGCAGGUUUGAUCCCCGCGGCUCCGCGAUGUGAAGCUCCAUCCGAGGCUCGACGGCCGCAGCCUUUAACCCGAAACCUGGUAUUAUGCGGGGAACCGGGGGCACUGCACGCAUUACAGGGGGACGAAGCACCGCUUUACCAAACCUUUUCCACACCGGCAGUAUCAGCCAACUAUGGUCGACCCCUCGGAGCCUGAGGAGCAGAACAAGUGCAAAGGCCCACAGCUCGACGCGCCGGCCGUGCCCAGUGAAGACCCCCGGCUGCCGGAGCAGGUCGACGGCGCGCCCACAGAGGAUGACGGGGACGCCGGUUUCCACACGCCGCCCUCCGGCAGCUCGGAGCCUAGCCCCUGCCACGCCGCAUCCCCGGCCGAGCCGGACGCCGCCUCUCCGGGGCCGCCGUCCCCUGAGCAGCCGCAGACUCCGACCGACAGAGAGCCGUCGCCCAAACUGCACCUGGACCUGUUCAACUUCGACUCGCCGGCCGCAGAGGGCAGCCGCUACGUGCUGACGAGCCCCCACUCGCUGGAGGCGUGCGCGCGCUGCGGGGUCAAACCCGUGGAGCUCCUGCCCCGCCCGCUGGCCGACUUCGCCCGGGAGGCCCCCGGCCGCUCCAUGCGCGUGGCGACGGGCCUGUUCGAGGUCUACGAGAGGGACCGGCACGCCAAGCUGAGGCAGUGCAGGGAGGAGAGGGAGAGGAUCGUCCGCGAGGAGAAGAGGAGGAUUCUGCAGGCGGCGGUGAACACCGGCGGCGGCGCUGCGUCAGCCCCCGCCGAGGAGCAGCAGCUCAAUACCUCCUCUCGGCCGGCGACCUCCAGCUCGGCCCCUGACAGAGCCUCCAGGGCCCCUGCGUCGACAUAUAAAGCGACUUCUGCUCUCUCGUCUAAAGCCCCCAGCACAUCCCCUAAAUCUCAGUCCUCAAGAGCCACCUGCAGGCCGCCCUCCAAAGGCGGAUUCCAUGGAUCUGCGAAGCCGUCGCCGGAGCAAGCAAAAAGCCCACGGCCGCUCUCGUCCGGCCCCCCGCCAGCAGUCGGGAAGUCCUCCUCCGGUAAAUCAUCAAACACUUUCCCCAGGUCGACACCCAAAACCCCCACCUUCCCGAGAGCCAACUCCACAUUAGCGCCGUCGGCGAAGAGGCCGGCGGUUCAGAGCUCCGGGGCCCCUCUGAACGGCGUCGCAGGAGCUCCGGUCUCCGAGCACAACGGGCACCCCGGGCCUCCCUCCAAGGCGCCAGGAAAGAGCCACUCGCUGGAGUCCCUACAGCGGAGGGCAGAGCAGCUCUGCUCCUCCGCCUCCAACACCACGACCACGUGCACCUCGUCCGAGUCGGGCGCUUCCUCUUCUUACAGCUGGGACGGCGCGCGGGAUCACUGGGCGAAGGCCUCCAGUCCCCGGGCCCGCACUAUGGCCACCUUCAACUCCCUGAUGGGCCGCAGCCUCAGCCUCGGCGACCUCAGCCACUCGCUGCAGACGACGCAGAAAGUGGAGCGCAUCGUGAGGGAGGUGAAGCGCCGGGGCCUCAAGGCCGUGUCCGAGCGCGUCCGCAAGAUCGCCUCUCUGAUGCUCGCCCGGUACCAGGAGGAGGACAUCAUGAGUCAGACGCGCUACGUGGCCCACCUCCAGUGGGACAGCGAGCGGCGGAUGGAUGAGCUGCGGCGGGAGCAGGAGGACCGGGAGAAGCAGCGCGCCGUGCUCCAGUGCCAGCGGGUGUGGCAGACCCAGGUGUCCCGGCGCCAGCGGCGGCUCAGCCAGCAGGAGCGGCUGUCGGCGGCCGCCAGGAUGCGCCAGGCCGAGGAGAGCGAGGAGCGGUGGAGGGAGCUCGCCGAGCAGCAGGAGCGCGGCCGCCUGCUGAGGUUUCAGCAGACGGCGCGCGAGGAGAAGCACAAGAAGGCUCUGCAGGAGCAGAACCUGAGGGCCCUCGAGGAGGAGCGGGCGGCCAUGUUGGAGCAGGAGAGGCUGCUGCUGAAGGAGAAGCUCACCAUGGCCGAGCUGAAGAGGCAAGAGAAGGAGCACCAGAGCCAGGAGGACCGACGGGGUCUGAACAAAGCCGAGAAGAGGCGCCACGCCGCCCUCACACAGGAGAUCGCCCGCCGGGAGCAGGAGGAGAGGGAGGAGGCCAGGAGGGCGGCGGAGGAGAAGCUCAGCCGCUCGCUGGAGAACUACGAGCAGAUCGUCGAGCGCCGCGGCCUGGAGCUCAAGGAGAAGGCCAAGCGCGAGGGCAAGCAGAUCCAGAAGGCGCGCAAGGCGGCGGAGAAGCUGGAGAAGCAACAGCAGCAGCAGCUGGAGGCGCGCGCCAAGGAGGCGGAGAAGCGGGCCCAGCAGGCGGCCCUGGUGGCCGAGGAGAAGGCCAAGGAGAAGUCCCAGCGGGCGGUCCACACCCGGCAGGAGAAGGAGAAGCUCCAGAGGCUGAACAGGCAGCGGGUGGAGGAGGAGGAGAGGCAGAGGCGCCUGGAGCUGCUGCAGUCCAUCGAGAGGAAGCUGGAGAAGAGCGAGCAGAUCUUCAAGGAGAAGAGGGCGGUGCUGGAGAGCGCCCGCUCCGUGGCCCGAGCCUCCUUCCACGUGCGGGACAAAGUGCGGGAGGAGACCAACAUGCGGACCUUUGAUAAAAUGGCCCUGGAAGCUCAACUCAAAGCCAGCUUGGAUGAGAAAUAAACCCCUGCUGCUGGUCGUUCUCCGUGGCCCUCAUCCACCAGCAGCUUCACCCCUUUUCUCCUUAAGACCCCCGGUGUUGUUGUGUCCUUACGCCCCCUCAGCUCCUUUGGUUCCCUUUUCGCCCCAAACUUUUUUUUAUCGUUAAAAAGCCUUUCGAAGCGAAGCUAAUUUUGCGUCAUGGAUGUAGUGAGACGCUGAGUGACCAUAUAGGCCUGUACGGGUUGUACAGUGGACUUCAUAACAGUAGAGGAAGGCUGCCCUGUGGUGCAACCCUCCCCCCUCCUUCACUUUGCCCCCUGCGCCGUCUAUCUCAGCUACUGGACUGAAGGCUGUGCAGUGAUGAAAAGAGUCAUUGUUUACCAGGAAGCACAACUCCAUGACAACAGCAGAGGCUUUUAAGGGAGCUGCUCCUUCAGGGGCAAGUCAAGCGCAAAUGGU